AUGACCGAUGCAGCACCCCCGACAGAGACUGAUUCAACAGUAACAUUAUUACUCCUGGGCGAUGCGGGCUGCGGAAAAUCCACCUUCUUAUCUCGUUUGAAACAUGUCAAGAGGCGCAUUCCACAGCAACCAGGCACCGCACAAGAUAGCACGCCCGAGCCUCUGCGAGACAGCGACCAGCCAUUCGUUUAUGAUAUUCGAUUCUCCAAGAAAAGUUUCGCUUUAGAGAUCUACGACACGGCCUAUUCAAAUCAACAUUGGUCGACUCUUAAACCCGAUGUUGUCAUUAUAGCGUUCGACAUUUCCGAUCGAGAGACCUUAACAGGGCUAAGAGGGUGGCGAAACGAUGUGAUAAGAUAUUUCCAGCAUGGUAUUGGCGAGCGUAUACCUGUGAUGAUGCUUGGGCUGAAAAGAGAUCUAAGAGAGGAAGGCGAGGGUAUUAUCUAUCCACAAGAGACUUAUCGCAUGGCGCAGGAAUUACGCUGUGAUAGGUACGCGGAAUGCUCGGCUGUGACCGGUGAGCUACUUGCGGAGACCUUUGAAGAUCUCGCUCGAUUGGCGGGGAUGUCGAUGACGGCGGCUGGUGGACAAAGUGCUGGAACAUCAUGUAAUAUCUUAUGA